ACACUCGUUCUUUCCUUAACCAUCAACAAGACCCGAAACUUGUUUUCUCUCUAGAAAACCAUGAAAACCCAUCUUCUUUCUUUAGCUUUCCUCUUCUUUUCCCUUGCUCAAGGGUUGCACUUGAACCCUAAAUGUAGCAGCCAAGACCAAGGCUCAACCCUCCAAGUUUUCCAUGUUUAUAGCCCUUGCUCACCAUUUAGGCCUUCAAAACCACUCUCAUGGGAAGAGAGCGUUCUACAAAUGCAGGCCAAAGACCAAGCUAGGCUUCAAUUUUUGUCUAGCUUAGUUGCUGGGAGAUCUUUUGUGCCAAUUGCCUCAGGCAGGCAGAUUAUUCAGAGCCCAACUUAUAUUGUCAGGGCCAAGAUUGGUACCCCAGCUCAGACUUUGCUUUUGGCUGUGGAUACUAGCAAUGAUGCUGCUUGGAUACCUUGCAGUGGCUGCGAUGGGUGUUCUUCUACAGUUUUUGACUCUGUAAAAUCUACUAGCUUCCAGACUGUUGGUUGUGGAGCUCCUCAGUGCAAGCAGGUACCCAACCCCACUUGCAGUGGAAGCGCGUGCACAUUCAACACGACCUACGGCAGCUCCUCCAUUGCUGCAAAUCUCUCACAGGACACUGUGAGCCUAGCCACUGACUCAGUCCCUGGCUACACUUUUGGUUGCAUUGCAAAAGCCACAGGCAGUUCGGUGCCUCCUCAGGGGCUUCUGGGGCUAGGCAGAGGACCAUUAUCCCUUUUAUCCCAAACCCAAAAUCUUUACCAAUCGACAUUCUCAUAUUGUUUGCCUAGCUUUAGGUCUCUGAACUUUUCUGGGACAUUGAGGCUUGGACCCAAUGGCCAACCCAAGAGGAUCAAAACUACCCCUUUGCUUAGAAAUCCUAGAAGAUCAUCUCUUUACUAUGUCAACUUGGUGGCUAUCAGGGUUGGAAGAAGAGUUGUUGAUAUUCCUCCAAGUGCUUUGGCGUUUAAUCCGACAACCGGUGCUGGGACAAUCUUUGAUUCCGGUACGGUGUUCACCAGGCUAGUCACACCAGCCUAUACAGCAGUCCGGGACGCAUUCAGAAAGCGAGUUGGCAACGCAACUGUGACAUCUCUAGGCGGGUUCGACACAUGUUACUCAGUACCAAUCGUUGCUCCGACCAUAACAUUCAUGUUCUCCGGCAUGAACGUUACAUUGCCACCGGAAAACCUCCUAAUCCACAGUACAGCAGGUAGCACAAGUUGCCUGGCCAUCGCCGCGGCCCCGGAUAAUGUGAACUCAGUUCUAAAUGUGAUAGCCAAUAUGCAGCAACAGAACCAUAGGAUACUGUUUGAUGUGCCCAAUUCGAGGCUUGGCGUGGCUCGGGAGCAAUGCACAUGAACUUCCGUUUGAUUUGUUUUGAUUUUGUGUACUUUAAGAAAAGAAAAAUUAUUAAAAGACUUGUCUGGUGAUGUUAAGGUGUGUGUUUGUGUUUCUGGGUUGUGGUUGAGGCAAUUAUUUGGCGGUAUUAGGCAUUGUCGUUACUAACUUUUCUAAAGCAGGAAGGAGGAGGAUGAGAUAAAUUUGCAGUAAGUGUGUAGUUAUCUUUUUGUAGUUUGGGAAGUCACGGGUUUUCUGUAACGGUGCUUGUCUUUUAUAUUUUAUUUAGAGUUGAUGAAGAUUGCUACUGGACAAGAUCGUACAAUGUCACGAGUUACUUUGUAAGGAUUUUCCUUACUUGUUGCAGUGGAGCAUGUUCUACCACUCAAUAAAAUAGCUGUUCAAUUUCAACCCUGUA